AUUCUCGGGGAAUUUUUUGGGUAGGGGCCGGUGGCAGCGAACCGUUUCAGGUGCCCGCGCCUUCAAGUCGACUAUCGAACCCUCCCCACCAAUUUUCAGUGCGCUGUGCUCUUCGGUCGUUGCCUGUGGGCUAUCGGAGUACAUCACUUUUCUCUUAAUGUUUUUUUCAUAGUUUGAAAUUUAUACAUGUUUUCCCUUUUUACAUAACAGUUUACUGCUGUUGUCGUAAAACUCUUUAGUAUUUGCUAACUGACUUCUAUGUAACCCGUUUCCGUGUCAAAAAUAUAUUUUGGGCAUCGUUUGUAAAAAAACCUUUGUCGUUGGAAUUAAUUACAUUCAUUCUCGCAAGUUUUAUUUAUUCACAAAUCCACCUAACAAACCAGCGUUAUGGCCGGCGACAGUGAUGAAGUGAUUAUUGUGUGCAGACUGUGUCGUGGUACGCCGGCUGAAUCAGAUUGGCAUCAAAUUUUACAAGUUACUAUAGAUGAUGACAAUGAAGACUGUAAUAAUGAUGAUCAAAGAGAUGACGAGACACGCCCCAGUAUUCGUGACACCAUCCUCAAAUACUUAGGAAUCGAGAUAUUGUUACAACUUGUUACUAUUAGCAAAGUGUUGGAGAAUGACAAUCAAUCAAAAAUUAUUUGUUCAAAAUGCCUGACUAUAUUAAAUAGAUGGGAUGUGUUUCACAAGAUUUGUUUAAAGAAUAAUGUAGAAAUGAAUCAGCUAAAUCAAGUGAACAAUAAAAAUGAAGAAGGAAAUGAAUCUACAAACAAUUUAGUAGUUGAAAUUAAUGAUGAAGAAGAUGAUACCAAAAUGUUUCCAUGUAAAGAAAACUUAGAAAGUAAUAAAAGUACAAAAAAAAUUUAUCUUGGUGAGCCAUCACCUGAAGACUAUGUAUUAAUGAAAGAAGAAACUUUUAAUUUGGACCCUUUAAAAAAUGGUUCCUCUGGUGUUUUGGGUGACUAUCUUGUAGAGUAUAAUAAUUGCAAGAAGCUACCAAGUGAAAUUAAUAAUGCUGAUAAAGAUAUUGUUGAUCAUUUACGAAUUAGAAGAGAAGUGCUACCACCUAUGUGGGAUGUAUUUGAAAAAACCAUUGAUAAAAUGAUAGCUGGUGAAGCAUGUCUACCAUUAGUUACCCAUAGACGAUAUAUAAUCAAUAAAGGUGCAUUUCCUUGUUCUUUAUGCGGGGAAUGUUAUGAAUUUGAUCAGGGUAUAUGUCGUGAUGAAGAAGAACCUCAACCUCCACCUGAAAUAGAAUCUCAACAACGUUUGUUUGUUUGUCCAACAUGUGGUAAAUCAUUUCCUCGACGUAGUUCAUGGAAAAGACAUCAAAUGACACAUGAAGAUGUUAAACCUUUUGUUUGCCGUAUCUGUACUAGUGGCUUCAAUCGUAAAGAACAUUUAAUGAGGCACAUGCUGUCCCAUAGUACUAUUCGACCAUUUCCAUGUGAAAAAUGUGGUAAACGUUUUAUACGAAAAGAACAUUUAGCCAGACAUCUUAUGUGCAUACCAAGUUGUCAUAGUUCUUCUGAUAUGCCAAGACCCUUUUGUUGUGAUAUUUGUAAACAGCGAUUUGUUCGAAAAGAACAUUUAUUUAGGCAUAGAAAACGAGCUCAUGAACAUGCUUUAACAUUAGAAAAUCCUUUAGAAGAAAAACCAUUUUCUUGUUGGCUUUGUGGUAAAUGUUUUACCCGUCAUGAGCAUUUACGAAAACAUCUAGAUAUGCACAACGGUAUAACUCCAUCAUCUUCAACAGCUUUACUUCCUGAAGUAACCCUUUCUGAAAUUAAAGUUGAAGAACCAGAUAUUAAAGUAGAGAAUCCAUCAGAUUCUGAAGAAGGAUCUGAUGUUCUACCACCAGUUAGUGUUUUAGAACUUAGUGAACAACAUACUGAACAAGUUAAACCUAAACCUAGUACUUUAUGUACAAUAUGUAAGAAAACAUUUUCUCGUCGAAGUCAUCUUCUUCGGCAUUUAAAGCGUAUUCAUAAAGUAGAACCAGUUUUAGCAAGACGAAGAGUUAAUAGAUCUGGUGAUGAAAAUGGUAACUCUAUUGAAGAAACUAAAUUUGAAUGUAGCACUUGUGGAAAGAAUUUUUCAAGACAAGCACAUCUGGAAAGACAUGAAAAAAAUUUACAUGGUGUAGAACGUACAAUGCCUGCUCCAUAUGAAUGUGUCACUUGCGGACAAGCAUUUUUUGACAGUAAUUUACUCAAUCAGCAUAUGGAAACCCAUGGGAACACUGUGACUGAUAAUUUUGUUUGGAUGUGAUAUGGUUUUAAUUAUUUAAGUUUUAAUUUGUCAUAAGGAUUGUUAAAUACCUGAUUACAAUAUGAUGAUUUUCUCUUUGUAAUUAUUAUUCAGCAUUAUUUUAAUUUUUGUGUAAAUAAUAACACAUAGUUAAAAAAUAUGUGAAGAAAAUUUUUGAUAUUUUACUUAAAAAAGACAUAAAAGUGUAUAGUUGUUUUCAAUAUGUACAUAUUAUUAGUUUUGUUAAUUUUGAUAAAACACUAAACAAUUUUAUUUUAUUCACUUAUCUACUGAAAAGAUAGAUAUAGUCUUGUUGUUUAUUUUUGAAAUUUUUAUUACAGGGUGAACUAAGUUAUAGUAUUACCCAUAAUCAUUUAUGAUAGAAUACCAUAUUAUUAAUUCAUUUAUUGAUUUAAUUAUUGUUACUUUGUUUUAUUAUUUUAUGUAUCAAUUUAAUUAUUUUGUGUUAAAUUAAUGUAUUGUACACAUCUAAACCUUGUUAUUUUUAUUGAGAAUUGGCUGGGUUCAUACAAAUUGUGUAUUCCUUUAAAGCCACUACUUAGUAAAUAGCAAAUAAAACUACAUUUAAUACAUAUUUGUUGUAUUUGGCAUAAUUUUUAUACUUGUUUGUAUAAAUCAAAUAUAAAAAUUCUGCCAAAUUCUGAAAAAAAAAUUACUACUUGUAUCAAAAAAUUAUACAACAAAAGAUUAAUAUCCUCUUUUUAGCUUUACCUAGUUACUUAAAAAUGAUUUUGGUGGAUGCAUACAUUUUUUGUUAGAUUUAAAAACAAAUUUAUGGAGAUGGUGGGUACCAGGUAGUUUUUUUUUAUAAAAUACAUAUUUGCUCAACUAUUACUCUAUACUAUAUAUAUUUAAAAAUAAUGAUACUAAAAUAUUUAAUUUUUAUUUUACAAUAUGUUUUUAUUCUUUUAAUAUAAUAGCACAUUUAAUACUUUAGUUGAGUUGUAAUUAUAAUGUAAUUUUUUUAUUACCACACUUAGUUCUUUUUUUCAUGAAUAAGCUUUUACUCUUAAGUUUUUAGUGGGUUUUAAUUUACCAUUUGUUUAAAACCAAUCUUGUUAAAACUUGUUAUUUUGUUAAAAAAAAAAUUAUAAUGACUGAAAAAUUUGAAUAA